AGUUUAGUACAAUCGACCGCCAUAUGUAAACUUGCUUUGCUGUGUCACGCGGAAUGCAUUUAGUUUCAUUCGUGUAUGCCAUUUGAAAGACUAUCUCGUAGUUGUAUUAUUUGAUUUAUUGUCAGUAUAAUUCUAGUUGAUAUUUGGAAGACAGUUCAAAAAUGUUUCUCACUCGCUCUGAAUAUGACCGUGGUGUGAACACAUUUUCACCUGAAGGUCGAUUAUUUCAAGUUGAAUAUGCAAUUGAAGCAAUCAAGCUUGGAUCCACUGCCAUUGGAAUUCAGACAAGUGAGGGAGUUGUUCUGGCAGUUGAAAAGAGAGUUACCUCCACUUUGAUAGAACCUUCCAGCAUAGAGAAAAUCAUGGAAGUGGAUAGUCACAUCGGGUGUGCUAUGAGUGGUCUGAUAGCAGAUUCUAGGACACUGAUUGACAGAGCAAGAACUGAGGCACAGAAUCACUGGUUUACAUACAAUGAGAAGAUGUCUAUUGAGAGUGUCGCACAGGCUGUCAGUAAUUUAGCUCUAGCGUUCGGAGAUGAUGAUGCAGAUCCUGCAGCCAUGAGUCGACCAUUUGGUGUUGCUUUGUUAUUUGCUGGUAUCGAUUCUAAAGGACCACAGUUAUUUCACAUGGAUCCCUCAGGGACGUUCAUCCAAUACGAUGCAAAGGCAAUAGGGUCAGGGUCAGAAGGUGCCCAGCAUUCUCUACAGGAAGUUUACCAUAAGUCAAUGACACUGAAGGCAGCCUGCAAAUCUGCAUUGACUAUAUUGAAGCAAGUCAUGGAAGAAAAACUCAGUUCUACGAAUGUUGAGAUGGCCACGGUGACACCAGGACAAAAAUUCCAUAUGUUCUCAAAAGAAGAGUUAGAGAGUGUAAUAAGUGAUAUCUGAAAACCCACAUUGAAACUGUAUUUCACUAACUGUAUAUCAUGGAAGCUGUUAUCACUGAAGGCAUCAUAGACUUGAAUUUCAUCAGCAGACUUUGCGAUCAGAGUAAAUCACUCACUGUGUAAACUAUUGGCUAUAUCAACUUAGCUUAUUUUUCUUUUUUCAGAUUUGAUUUACAUAUUAAAGUCAGUUAUUCCUCAGUUCAAUAUUCUGGUGUAUUCAUGGGCAGUAUUGACUUUAUAGCUUUAGAAAUAGAACAUCUCCAUUUCUUACUUAAAGUAUUAAAUCUUCACAUGUAUACCCAGCAGGUUCCUAAUAAGAAUUGAAUAUUUGGUUUUGGCAGUUCAAUGUAACUUUGUAGUCACUGUGAAUUCAGGAAAGCAUUCCCUUUACUGCAUUAAUAACAUCUUGUAUUGAAAUAAGUUAACAAUAAUGGCUACAACAUGUCAGCUAUAACUUCUCCAGUGAAUAAUAUUUUGUUUACGAUUUCCAGCAGAUUUUUGCUUAAAAAUUAUACUGAAAGAAAGAAAUAAGGGAGCACAUAAAUAAUAACAGCAAAUAUUGGCUGAAACCAAAAUCCUCAUCCAUAGUCAGGAAGCUGAUCAUAUUGCUGACUUUCAGCAUAUAUUAGUUGCAUUCAGUCCCACAUACGUUUGUGUUUUAUACAGACAUACCUAGUCGUGAAUUAACUUUGAUGUAAAAUGUCAUGUGUUCCUUAAUUCUUUCCAUCAGUGUAUGUUUUUCUGUAAGUGUCUGUACUCGUAGUUUGCCGUGAGUGGCUGAUGCUCUGGUUAUAGAACUGUCAUUGUGUGACUGCACACUAAAUUAUUAUUUUUGAAUGAUGAGGUGUACGCAUAUCCAUGUGAAUUUUUACAGCAAGAAUAAAUGUGUUUGAAAAUG